GCGGUUUCAGGUAAACGGAAGUAGAAACGGUAGAUUAGUUGACCUAAACAUGGCGCCUUUGCUGGAUCACAAAAUUGGCGACGCUAUGUUAUCUUCUUCUUUACCUUGGCGAUCAAAAUCGAGUCUCUUGACAUGUUCACUCGUUUUGCUUAUUUACCUGACGUCGCAUCCAUCCUCGGCCAAACCGAGCAGCCUCAAAGAGAUCACGGACGGAAACUGGGAAGACAUCUUGGCAGGGGAAUGGAUGAUUGAAUUUUUUGCCCCGUGGUGUCCGGCGUGCCAACAGCUCCAGCCGGUGUGGAAUGAGUUUGCCGACUGGGGUGAGGACAUGGGCGUCAACAUAGCGAAGGUGGACGUUACUGAACAGCCUGGUUUGAGUGGGCGAUUCAUCAUCACUUCACUUCCGACCAUCUACCACUGUAAGGAUGGUGUGUUCAGGAGGUACCAGGGGGCUCGCACCAAAGAUGACUUGCUAAGCUUUAUUGAUGAGAAGAAGUGGCAGGGCAUUGAGCCCGUGUCUUCCUGGUUUGGACCAUCUUCCUUCAUGAUGAACACAAUGUCUGCUCUCUUCAAGCUGUCAAUGUUCAUUCGGCGUUGCCAUAACUACCUGAUAGAGCAUUUGGCGAUUCCAGUGUGGGGCUCAUAUGUCAUCUUUGGACUGGCCACUCUCUUCUCUGGCCUAGUCCUGGGACUGAUACUGGUGUUCAUUGCAGAUUUUGUCUUCCCAUCGCGACGAUUUAACUCCCCAAACUACUACCAGAAGAAACAGACAAUGGAACAAGCCAGGCUGAUUCAGCAGCUGGAGGAGGAGCAGGAGGCGGACGGAGAAGAGGAUGAUGAGGACGAUGAAGAUGGAGAACAGGACGAUGUCUGGAGGAGGAGGAGAUUCUUGCGUCUCCCGAGGGGUUAUUCGUCCAGAGGAGGUGCUGCGAAAAGGGUGGUGGGCAACCGUGAGGACCAGGAUGAGGACUCCUAG